AUGCCUGGUCCUCAGGUUUACUUCGACAUCGAGUGGGAGGGUCCCAAGGUCGACAGCAACGGCCGUGCCUCUGGUGCUGCUGAGCAGCAGAGCGGCCGCAUCACCUUCAACCUCUUCUACGACGUUGUCCCUAAGACUGCCGAGAACUUCCGUGCUCUCUGCACUGGCGAGAAGGGUUUCGGCUACCAGGGCUCUUCCUUCCACCGCAUCAUCCCCGAGUUCAUGCUCCAGGGUGGUGACUUUACUCGUGGCAACGGCACUGGCGGCAAGUCCAUCUACGGCGAGAAGUUCGCCGACGAGAACUUCCAGCUGAAGCACGACAAGCCCGGUCUGCUGUCCAUGGCCAACGCCGGUCCCAACACCAACGGCUCCCAGUUCUUCGUCACCACCGUUGUCACCUCGUGGCUCAACGGCCGUCACGUCGUCUUCGGCGAGGUUGCUGACGCUUCCUCCCUGAACAUCGUCAAGGCUCUUGAGGCUACUGGCUCCCAGAGCGGUACCGUCAAGUACCCUAAGCGCGCCACCAUCGUCAAGUCCGGCCAGCUGUAA